CUCACUUCGCCAUUUGCUCCUCUUCCCGCCGUUUUCUCUUAACAUUAAGCUCUUCGUUUCUUCAUUUCUUACAAAGCAAAAAUUUAUUAUUAUUUAAAAAAAAAAAAAAAAACCUGAGGACCCAGAAAAUCUAAAAAUAGAAAAAGGAAAAACCCUAAACCCAGAGGUGAAGGAGCAACAACCAAAUGGGUAUCAAAGAUCUUCUCAGAUUCAUGAAACCUUAUAUUGCACCCAUUCAUAUCAAUAAAUAUGCCGGCAAGCGCGUGGGUAUCGACGCCUAUUCAUGGCUUCACAAAGGAGCAUAUUCAUGUAGUUUGGAGCUUUGUAUGAAUUCAAAUAGCGAAAGGAAAUUGAAAUACAUAGAUUAUUUUAUGCACCGAAUAAACCUGCUGCGUCACCAUAAGAUAACCCCAGUAGUCGUCUUUGAUGGUGGCAAUGUACCAUGUAAGGCUGCCACUGCAGAAGAGCGCCACAGGAGAAGAAAGACUAAUCAUGAUUUGGCAAUGGCAAAAUUUAAGGAAGGGGAUAUUAGAGCGGCCACUGAGCUCUUCCAGAGGGCAGUGAGUGUAACUCCAUCUAUGGCACAUCAACUAAUACAGAUUCUGAGAUCAGAGAAUAUUGAAUUUGUAGUGGCUCCAUAUGAGGCUGAUGCACAGCUAGCAUUCCUGUCCAAUCUCGAAGCAGAGAGGGGUGGAAUUGCUGCAGUGAUUACAGAGGAUAGUGAUCUAGUGGCAUAUGGUUGCCAAGCUGUUGUCUUUAAGAUGGACCAAUAUGGUAACGGUGAAGAGAUGGUGCUGGAGAAUGUUUUUAAUCCAGUGGGCCGUACACCUUCCUUCCAAAAUUUUGAUCAGGAAUUAUUCACAGGCAUGUGUGUCUUGGCCGGCUGUGAUUUCCUUCCAUCAGUUCAUGGAAUUGGGAUUGCAAAAGCUUAUGCCUUGGUUUCUAAGUAUCGUAACUUAGAUCGUGCUCUAUCAGUUUUGAAAUCGCAGAAGGGCAAUCAAAUGCCUGAACAUUACCCCAAAUGUUUCAAAGAAGCAGUUGCAGGUUUUCAGCAUGCUCAAAUAUUUGAUGCCGAAAAGAAAAAGGUGAAACAUAUGAAAGCCAUUCCAGAAAAGCUUGUGCAUUCUCUAGAUGGAGAACUCGAUUUCCUUGGACCAGAAAUGCCUCCAUCAGUAGCUACUGCAAUUGCUGAAGGAAACUUGGACCCCAUAAAUAUGAAGGCCUUUGAUCAUUUCCCAGCUUCUAGACAUCAUCAAGAACCUAUUAAGAGCCAAAAUAUUGGUCAAAUUCAGAGACCUGAGACUGCUGUGAUAUCUGCAGAAGAUAGCUGUUUUGUAAGCUUUCCCUCCCAUAAAAGCCGAGGGAAAGAUAGUACAGGGCCUACAGAAAGGCAGAAUCCUGUUUCAAAUGAAAAGAAGUAUUUGAAUGAAUCUGCAGCACUUGCAAAGCUAAUUGUGCCAUCGACAAAUAAUGAAACAGUGGAGACCACAAUAGCACCCAACACCAUCCCGUUGAAGGUUCGCCACAACAAUCCUUUCAAGAAACGGAAAGAUGAUGUUCACUCAGAUCAAAUAGGGAGCAAAACUAAACAAGUUUCAAAUGCAGCUGAGGUGGAAAUUUCGGACACCUCGAAUGUCUCUCCCAGUAACAUCAAACCUAAAGUUGUUAACAAUGUUCCUUCCAGAAAAAGGAAAAAUGAUAUUAUCUUAGAGCAUGUAGAAAGCAUUGGCGAAGAGGUUUCAGUGGUGACAGAGAUAGAGUCUUCAGACAUAUUGUGUGUAACUCCAGAGUCCCAGGAAAGUGUAAACUCUAAGCUUCCCAAGGCAAAAAGGGUGGUGAAAAAUGAGAAGUUGAAGAGAAGCAGCCUCAAGAGUUCAGGGAAUAAAAAUAGUAGUAUCUUGAAUUUCUUUUCUCGUGUAUGAUU